AUGUACGGCCUGUAUUUGGAAGCAGUGAACGAUUACAUCAACGAGUCCUACGGAGAGGAUGUGUGGAGACUGAUUGAGAACCGAGCAGAGAUACCCCACCUAAAGUUUGUCAGACAUCAGAUGUACAAUGACAACCUGAUCCUUCGGUUGGCAAAGGCAGCAGGCGAGGUUCUGGGAAAGACCCACGAUGAGCUGAUGUACGCCUUCGGGGUCUAUAUGGUGAAGAGGAUUGGAAACUACGGAUAUGAGCGGAUCCUGAAGGUGUUGGGGCGAAAUGUGCGCGACUUCAUCAACGAGCUGGACAACCUGCACGAGUACUUUCGCUUCUCCUUCCCCAAGGUGCAGCCGCCCAGCUUCUGCGUGGAGGAGGAGUGCGAGACGAGCUCAGCUGCUGGCACGCACCACACCCAAGGGCCUUUCACCAGUUGUUCAGGGCAGCUCUCUCAAGUGGGACGGCAAUUCUACAACACAGAUAUUGAAGUGGAAAUCCUGUCUAAAGAGGAAACCGAGAAAAUGACAUAUGUGGUUUAUAAGAUGAACUUUGACAAUGCGGCCUUCAAGCACCGCAUGCCCCAGCAGAAGACAGCCCCCAGCUACGAGAAGCUGCCAAUGAAGCGAGGUAUCUUUUUUGACAUGUUCCCCUUCAGUGUCAUCUUCCGCCGCGACAUGACCAUGUACCGCAUCGGCGACGGCCUCAAGGAGGUCUUCUCCGACCUCCAGGGCAAGAAGGUCAACGAAGAGUUCACUCUGGUCCGACCCAUGCUGGAGUUCAGCUGGGAUAACAUUUACACCCAUUUGAACAAUGUAUUUGAGCUGUUGUCAAAAGCAGUGGUGGAGAGCAAGCAGAAGGUCAACAUCCCCAAACUGAGCAAGGAGGAGCUGGAGGAGAACGAAGAGAGCGAGAAAGCAAAGAGGGAAGAAGAAAGAGAGCCAAAGGCAGCGGAGGAGAUGAAGGGCACGGACCAAGAGUACAGCAGCGCUCUCACCCAGUACAACAGCUCUGCCAACUCUGGAGGGGAAGAUAUUGAACUGCUGGCAUUCCAGACUGUCACUGGGAAGUGUAGCGAGACCAUCUUCGAGGACAUGCGGGAGCCUCCGAAGAAGCCACUCCAUCUGAAGGGCCAGAUGAAGUAUGUCCCCCAGUGGGACUCCCUCAUCUUCCUGGGGACGCCCAUUAUAGAGACAGUGGAGGACAUGAUCAAAAUGGGCGUAUAUGUGAACGACCUCAACCUGCAUGACUCAAGCAGAGAGCUGAUUUUGGCCGGGACACAGCAAUCGGCUGAGCUGCAGCUGGCCCUCGAUCAGGAGCAACAAAAGUAUGCUCAGCUGCAGGAAAUCAUCAAGAAGCUGGAUGAAGAGAAGAAGAGAGGAGAUUCUUUGCUGUACGCCAUGAUCCCUAAAGCUGUGGCCGACCGCCUCAGGAAGGGGAUCACUGCACUGGAGACGUGCCAGGUCUUCCCAGAUGUGACGAUCCUGUUCAGCGACGUGGUCAAGUUUAAUGAGAUCUGCAUCCACAUCACACCCAUGCAGGUGGUGGACAUGCUCAAUGAGAUCUACAUCGUCUUUGACACGCUCAGCGAGAAGCACAACGUCUACAAGGUGGAGACAAUCCGUGACGCCUACAUGGUGGUGGCGGGCGUGCCCAACAAGACCACCUUUCACGCGCAUCACAUCUGUGACAUGGCUCUGGACAUGCUGAGCUCCAUCGACCACCUUAAAGACCCCUCCACCGGGGAUAAUAUCCAGAUCAGAGUCGGUAUUCACUCAGGAAUGGUGGUGGCUGGCGUUGUAGGUCUGAAGAUGCCUCGCUACUGUCUGUUUGGCGACACCGUGAACACCGCCUCACGGAUGGAGAGCAAUGGAGUGGGCAUGCAGAUACACAUCAGCCAGACCACCAAAGACCACCUGGAACACGAGCCCUAUAUCAUUGAGGAGAGGGGCAAAAUCUUUGUAAAGGGUAAAGGCUACAUGAAGACCUACUGGCUGAAAGGAAAGAAAGAUCUAUCGUUCAAGACCCCAGCAGAGCUGCGCUACAGCAGUGAACAGAAAGACUCUGAUGAUAAGAGCUCUAAUGGUUCCACAAGCACCAAUGCCAAGCACAUGGCCUCCAACCUCCACAUCACCAGCAGCGAGGAGCAAGCAGAAGGGAAGCCAAGCCCCAGCGACCUCCCCCUGGACACCCUGCCCCCACCAGAGGCCGCUAAUGAGCCCCCCACCCUUUCAACCGAGCUUCAGGAGAAGGAGAAAGCCAAAAAGACUAAGAACAACAAGGGGGCCAAGUUGGAUGUGCCCCAGGGAAACGCGAUGCUGGAGUCUUCGCCGCCCGCUGACGGGCUGGAGAACCCAGGUCCUUUCCUCAACAACAAGAGAAACAGCUUCAGGCAGCACUACGCCAAGCUGCCCACCAACCUGCCCAUGCGCAGCGCCGCCUGCUCCAUUCUGUGACAGGGAGGUCAUAGCGUAAGAAUACAAGACAACGCCAACAUGUGACGAGGGUAUGAAGUUCAGUCAGGGGCAAGACA